CGAAUAUGAGAUUGGAUUGUUUGCUAUCCGGUCCCAGUCCGGUCCCGGUCCAGGUUAUACGGUCCGAUUUUGGGUAAAAUCAAACAGUCUGGGACCAAAUAGCCAGCCCUAGGUGCAAGGGAUAUGUGUUUAGAAGAAUGAUUGUGCAAUGUUACUAAGGGGUGGUUUGGUAGUUGUGAUUGUUAGACUUGUGUUUAUUGAAUACAUGAAUUGUGCACAAUACAAUGUUUGGAAGUACCAAAGUAUAAAACAAUGCAUGUAUUGUUUUAGGUAGGUCCUACCAAACAUAAAAUUAUGUAUUAUACAAUCUCAACUAAAAGUUGAGGGUAAAUGUGACAUCUUCCUAUAAAUUAACUUUAUGCAAGUCAAUACAUCAUGUAGAUUCUCAUCAACCAAACAAUGUAUUAUUGAAAUGCAUCUAUGUACCUACGUGGGGUCGUUUGGAAGUUGCGAUUGUUAAAUAGAUGUAUUGUUGAGAAUGAAUGUAUAAUAUUAUACAUGUAUUGUCGAAUUUGAUGCAUUGUAGAAUACAACGUUUGGUAUGUGUAAUUGUGUAUGUCGCAUCAGCUAAAAGCUGAGACAAAAUAAUCUCAACUCAACUAUCUCAACAAUCACAACUAAAAGUUGAGAUAUAACAAUCACUCAAAAUGAGUGAUAGUUUCUGUCACAUCAUAGAAACAAUCCAUGUAUUGUUUCUGCUAAUAAAAACAAAAAAAAAAACGAUGCAUUGUAAACAUACAUGCAUAAUGACAAUAUCAACAAAACAAUCGCAACUUCCAAACGACCUCGUAUUUACAUUAUUGUGAUUCAUUACAAUGCAACGAUUUAACAUUCACAACUUCCAAAAGACCCCUAAGUAAAUGAGUAUAAAUCAACUAAUAUAAUGAGAGAGGAUUUUGAAAACUUAUCCACUCAUUAGAACCGGGUUCGAAUAUUGUUGUGAAAUUAUGGAAUGUAAUAUUUGGUAACUUGAACUCUAGUUUCUCAUAGAGACGAAGAAAUACGAUUCACUUGGUUCAAUAAGUAUACAUACAUUUAUUAGUGUAUUUUUUUUUAUUACAGUCUUCUCUUCCGCUUUUGAGUUGCUUCAUUUUUUCUCAGCAACCAACACCUUAAUUCUAAUUAAUAAUAAGACUUACUAACCCAUCCCGAAAGGGUGUUAGGUCUUAUGUCCUAGGUGAUCAGAACUUGAGCAUUUGUUUCCCGCUGGUCUCCUCUGGUGUUGAGUUUAGCGUGAUUACUCGUAUCGCUAAUUCGAUUGUUCAUAUAGUAGUAUGUACGUUCACGUCGAUAUCUUUAUUUAGAGCUAACAUCAAUUGAUUUUGGAGUUUAAUUGUUGUAUACUUCGAAAUCUAUAAACACAAGACAAUGAAUUUUUCUUUCUUCUUGUUUUUCAUUAGUAGUGCCUUCUUUUUUUUUAAAUAUAUUUAUGGGGAAAAAGAAUCACCAACCCUAUUGAAAGUAGAACUGUUCCUAAUUAUAUUCGGAAUAGCUUUGCUUCAUGUACUGGUAUAACAAAAAAUAAGGGUUAAAGACACGUUUGGUCACUGAGAUUACUAAAUCGGGACAUGUUUAGUCACUAGAAAAAAUUAAUAUCAAUUUUAGUCACUCGAAUUACUGAAACAGGUCACAUUUAGUCACUCUCCGUUAGUUUCCGUCCAACUCCGUUAAUGAAGUCCGUUAAGUGCUGAUGUGGCAAACAGAGGCGACUAGUUAGCACCGUUUUGACUCGGUAAUGAUCAAACCCGACCCGCCACGUCACUAAACCUGCCAUGUCAUAUGCCCAACCAACCCAUGCACCCACCCGACCCACCUCUUUCCACCUCUCUUUCAAAUCCCAAUGCUAGCUCUUUCUUCCUCGCCUCCCUCCCUCCUCUUACAGCCGCCGCAACCAUGAUUUUCGGUCUUCUCCUCCUCCUCCUAAUCUCCACCACCACCAUCCCCUCACCCACCACCGCCUUAUCCUUCAACUUCACAACCUUCACCAGCAGCAACCAGAACAUCACAUACGAGCAAGCCUUAGCCGCCGAGAACUCAAUCCAGCUCACCCGCAACCUUCUCGGCUCUGAUCUCAACAUCAGCUUCGGCCGCGCCACUUACCGCUCCCCUUUACCCCUCUACGACCCCAAUUCCAGAAACCUCACCGACUUCAAAACCCACUUCACUUUCAGCAUCUCCUCCCAAAUUGAGGACGCUGGCGGCUACGCCGACGACCUCACCUUCUUCCUCGCCCCAGUCGGAUCUAGACUUCCCCCUGACCUAACCAAUGCCAGCUCCAUGGGGUUAAUGAGAGAUGGACAGCUGCUGAACACGACGGCGAAUCGAUUCGUCGCCGUGAGUUCGACAUUUUCAGCAACGAAUUCGAUCCGGCGACAGGGAGCCACGUCGGAAUCGACAUGAAUUUGAUGCGAUCCGUGAUUGCAUUGCCUUGGGAAGGAGAUAUAAUGGGUGGGAAUAAGAGCGAUGCUUGGAUUUCUUACGAUUCGACUCUUUGAAAUUUGAGCGUUGUGGUGACAGGGUAUUUGGGGAAUGUUUCGGUGAUUCGGCGGCUGAGCUACAAUGUCGAUUUGAGGGAUUACCUUCAGGAAGAGGUAAAUUUUGGGUACUCGGGAGCUAUCAGGAAUCAAAGCGCGAACAGGUUUGCGGGAGGAGGUGGGAGGAAGGAGGAGAGCGACGGCGGUGGUGGUGGUUUUGGGGAAAGGAGGAGGUGGGAGGAAGGAGAAAGAAGCGUUGGGUUGGGUCAUGGGUUGGGUUGAUUUUAAUGACGUGGCGGGUUAUAAUGAAGUGACAGGUCGGGUUUUAUUUUUGUUGGGUUAUAUCUGGCUGAUUAGGCAAUUCUGUUUGUCACAUCAGCACUUAACGGACUUCAUUAACAGAGUUGGACGGAGACUAACGGAGAGUGACUAAAUGUGACCUGUUUCA